AUGGGAGUAGUCAAUGCCUGGAGGCUUUAUCAGCAGGCAAAUGAUGAGCCUAUGGCACUUUUGGACUUUCAGAGGAACAUAGUACGUCACUAUCUGGCUUGUCACGCAAAGGCAAAAUUUUAUAUAAGACCAUGCCAGCCUGCUCAGUUACCAGAAAUUUUAAUGAUUGAAGCUACGGAACUGGCUAACAAAUGGAAUAUUCAACAGGAAUUCAGGCAAAAACGUCAACCUAAAGUUGAAAAACGCUUUGACGAACUCUUAAAGGAGCUGAAACAGGAAUAUGAAGCCAGACUAAAGAAAAUAGUUAAAACCGGACUGAACGCUAUAAACAUCGCUAGAGCUGUCAAUUCAUUUGCUAUACCUAUACUCACAUACUCUUUCGGAUUAGUUAAGUGGAGUGACACCGAAUUACAACAAUUAGAUAGAAAGACAAGAACAACUAUAACUAAGAAUAUAUUAAAUCAUCCGAAAUCGGCCGGGCAAAGAGUGAACCUACCACGACACUUAGGAGGCAGAGGAUUCAUCAAUAUUCGACAAAUGCAUAACAAGCAAAUGAGUAAGAUGAAAGCAUACUUUGCACAUUUUCGUAUAGCCACUAGCAAUACGGACUGGUCAGGGAUUUCUUCGGCGAUUAGAGUUGAAAACACAACGAUUGAAUUUGCUUCUAGAAGAGUAGCUGCAUUUGUACUAUAG